GAGCCCGGCUUGGCGGCGGCGGUGGCGGCGGUAGCCGUGGCGGCUUGUGCGCAUGCUCCGUCGCCCGCCCGCCCUGGCCGCUCGCCGCCCGCCCGCCCGACGGAGACGCAGUCCCAGCUAGCUGACUUCAUGUGAAAGAUGGCUAAUGCAGAAGUGAGUGUCCCAGUGGGAGAUGUGGUUGUGGUACCCACUGAAGGAAAUGAAGGGGAGAACCCUGAAGACACUAAAACCCAAGUGAUCUUGCAGUUACAGCCUGUGCAACAAGGGAUUUAUGAUGCUGGGUCGGAGAACAAUGCAGCAGUUGUAGCCGUAGAAACCCACACGAUACACAAAAUUGAAGAAGGAAUUGAUGCAAGUAGUAUAGAAGCGAACGAGGAUAUGGAAAUUGCUUACCCUAUAACCUGUGGAGAGAGCAAAGCCAUCCUCCUCUGGAAGAAGUUUGUGUGUCCAGGAAUAAAUGUCAAGUGCGUCAAGUUCAAUGAUCAGUUGAUCAGCCCCAAGCACUUUGUCCAUCUGGCGGGCAAGUCCACUCUGAAGGACUGGAAGAGAGCCAUCCGUCUAGGCGGCAUCAUGCUCAGGAAAAUGAUGGACUCUGGACAGAUCGAUUUUUACCAGCAUGACAAAGUUUGCUCCAAUACCUGCAGGAGCACCAAGUUCGACCUCCUCAUCAGCAGCGCGAGAGCUCCAGUGCCAGGCCAGCAGACAAGUGUGGUGCAGACCCCCACCUCGGCCGAUGGUAACAUCACACAGAUUGCCAUCUCAGAGGAGAGCAUGGAAGAGGCUGGGCUGGAGUGGAACUCGGCUCUCACUGCCGCUGUCACCAUGGCCACAGAGGAGGGCAUCAAAAAAGAAUCGGAAGAAAUUUCAGAGGACACUUUGAUGUUCUGGAAAGGAAUAGCUGAUGUAGGGUUGAUGGAGGAGGUCGUCUGUAAUAUACAGAAGGAGAUAGAAGAGCUGCUCAGGGGCGUUCAGCAGCGGCUCCUCCAGGCUCCCUUCCAGGUCACAGAUGCUGCUGUUCUAAACAAUGUGGCACAUACAUUUGGCCUAAUGGACACAGUCAAGAGAGUUUUGGACAACAGACGGAAGCAAGUGGAUCAGGGAGAGGGCCAGUUUCUCUACACCCUGGCAGACUUGGAACGGCAGUUGGAAGAGCAAAAAAAGCAAGCCCAAGAUCCUAGAUUGAAAUCUCAGACGGUUCAAAAUGUGGUACUAAUGCCUGUGAGCACCCCAAAGCCUCCAAAAAGACCCCGGCUCCAGCGGCCAGCCUCCACCACUGUCCUGAGCCCUUCUCCUGUCCAGCAGCCUCAGUUCACUGUCAUCUCACCUAUCACCAUCACCCCCGUGGGGCAGUCCUUCUCGAUGGGCAAUAUUCCGGUGGCUACCCUUAGCCAGGGCUCCAGUCCUGUGACUGUCCACACGCUGCCUUCUGGCCCUCAGCUCUUCCGCUAUGCCACAGUGGUUUCCUCUGCCAAGAGCAGCUCACCAGACACAGUGACCAUCCACCCUUCAUCGAGCUUGGCACUGCUAAGCUCUACCACUAUGCAGGAUGGGAGUACCCUGGGCAAUAUGGCCACCAUGGUGAGCCCCGUGGAGCUGGUGGCCAUGGAGUCCGGCCUGACUUCAGCAAUCCAGGCUGUUGAGAGCACCUCGGAGGACGGGCAGACCAUCAUCGAGAUUGACCCGGCCCCAGACCCUGAGGCUGAAGACACUGAGGGCAAAGCCGUCAUCUUGGAGACAGAGCUGAGGACUGAGGAGAAAGUGGUGGCUGAGAUGGAAGAACACCAGCAUCAAGUCCACAAUGUGGAGAUUGUGGUCUUGGAGGACUAACUGGGGAUGGGGGCCGAGAGCUAUGUUUUGGUUUGGGAUUUUAAUUAUGUUUAUUUUUAUCAUUGUCCCACUCAUUUCCACAUAGAACCUUUUUUUUAAAAAAACAAACAAACUACAAAA